AGGUCUUUUCUCCUGCGAUGUAUUUGGAUCGGGGGGUGGGGGGUGGAACAGUCGCCGCGUAAAGUACCCGCUCGGGGUCUUUGGGCUGUAAGGCGAAGCGGAAUCGAGCGACAUGUUACCCAAAUGACUUCCAGGGGCGUGUGCUUGAGGAAGCUUUCUCUUUAGGGGCUGCGUCACUGGACAAGAUUCAUAUUGUAUAUAGCCCUUUGCAAGCCAUGACAGAAAAAGGUCUUGUCUUGAGGCAUUUUUGUUCUCCCGACAUCGGUCCCGAGCCGAAGGAGUCUCAAAACGUCACCGUCGCCCUUUGCUCCCGGGUGAAUUCACCCACGCCGCGCUUUUUUUUUAAAAAAAAGCAGCGGAACCAUUUUUGACAAAACCUCGUAUAUAUAUGAACGAGCGGCGACCUAAAGCUGCAGGUUCGGAAAGGGAGAUUCCAAAUCAGUGUGUGCGACAAACUUGUGUGUCGAUCUGUAAAGUCUGAUAACACUUCACCCGUUAUUUAAGGACGUGGACGACAGGUUUUUUUCCUUCCGAUUAUAAUACGCAAAUAUGAUUGAUGGAAGAAGCUCUGCGUACAUGAUUCUCAACAGGCCCAUUUCGCACGAGGAGAAUGACCAUUCUCUGAAUGGAAAAUCUUACAUGUAGAAGGAAGUGGAAUCCAGCAGAGGCUCGUGCCAAGGUGGUAAUGGGGAGGAGUUGAUUUUGCCCUUUCUUAUGGACAGAAGCCUGUGAAGUAUGUUGAGCUAAGAAAGAACAACUGGCCCAAAGUCACCCAACCAGCUUUCAUGCCUGAGGCAGGACUAGAACUCCGUAUCUCCUAGCUUCCAGCCAAGUGCCUUAACCAUUAGAACAAACUGCCUCAUUUUUCCCUUUUUUUCAUGCAACAGAGCUUUUAUCUCGAAAAAUUCAUAUGGUAGACAAUGUUACUAGCCCAGAUAAAUCGGGAUUCUCAGGGAAUGACAGAGUUCUCUGGAGGAGGGAUGGAAGCUCAGCAUGUCACUCUCUGUUUAACAGAAGCUGUAGCUGUACAAGAUGGAGACAACUUGGACAAUAUGGAAGGAGUGAGCUUACAGGCAGUUACUCUUUCUGAUGGAUCCACUGCCUAUAUACAACACAACUCAAAAGAUGGCAAAUUAAUGGAUGGCCAGGUGAUACAGCUGGAAGAUGGCUCAGCUGCCUAUGUCCAACAUGUUCCCAUGUCUAAAAGUAAUGUAGGAGACAGUCUUCAUUUAGAAGAUGGGCAGGCAGUUCAGCUUGAAGAUGGAACAACAGCCUUUAUACAUCACACUUCAAAAGACAGUUACGACCAGAGUGCCCUGCAAGCAGUACAACUAGAAGAUGGGACCACUGCUUACAUUCACCAUGCAGUACAAGUGCCACAAUCGGACACCAUAUUAGCUAUUCAGGCAGAUGGCACAGUGGCAGGUCUUCACACGGGAGAUGCUACUAUUGACCCAGAUACCAUAACUGCUCUCGAACAAUAUGCAGCCAAGGUGUCUAUUGAUGGAAGUGACAGCGUUAGUAGCACUGGGAUGAUAGGUGACAGUGAACAAGAUAAAAAAAUGCAGAUUGUCUUGCAGAGCCAUGGCACAAGAGUAACAACUAAGUCCCAGUCAACUGGAGAUAAGGCUUUUCGCUGUGAUUAUGAUGGCUGUGGAAAAUUGUACACUACUGCUCAUCACCUUAAGGUACAUGAAAGAUCACACACAGGAGAUCGGCCAUAUCAGUGUGACCAUCCAGGUUGUGGAAAAGCAUUUGCAACAGGUUAUGGAUUAAAAAGUCAUGUCCGAACUCAUACUGGAGAGAAGCCUUAUAGAUGUUCAGAAGAAAACUGCACAAAGUCAUUCAAGACUUCAGGAGACCUGCAGAAACAUAUAAGAACCCAUACAGGUGAAAGACCCUUCAAGUGCCCCUUUGAAGGAUGUGGUAGGUCAUUUACAACAUCUAACAUCAGAAAGGUUCAUAUCAGGACACAUACAGGAGAAAGACCAUAUUAUUGUACAGAGCCAGGAUGUGGAAGGGCAUUUGCCAGUGCAACUAACUAUAAGAAUCAUGUGAGAAUACAUACAGGGGAGAAGCCUUAUGUAUGUACAGUCCCUGGCUGUGAUAAGCGUUUUACUGAAUAUUCCAGUUUAUAUAAACACCAUGUGGUACAUACGCAUUCUAAACCUUACAACUGUAAUCACUGUGGAAAAACAUACAAACAGAUUUCUACUCUUGCAAUGCACAAGCGAACAGCACACAAUGAUACUGAGCCAAUAGAGGAAGAACAAGAAGCUUUUUUUGAGCCACCUCCAGGUCAAGGUGAAGAUGUUCUCAAAGGAUCACAAAUAACAUAUGUAACGGGUGUUGAAGGAGAAGAUGUUGUUUCACAAGUUGCUACUGUGACUCAGACUGGGCUGAGUCAGCAGGUAGCACUUAUUUCUCAAGAUGGAACUCAGCAUGUUAAUAUAUCUCAGGCUGACAUGCAGGCCAUUGGAAAUACUAUCACUAUGGUAACACAAGAUGGCACUACCAUCACAGUCCCUGCACAUGAUGCAGUUAUUUCUUCUGCAGGAACACAUUCUGUUGCAAUGGUCACCGCGGAAGGCACGGAAGGACAACAGGUUGCCAUUGUGGCUCAGGAUUUAGCAGCUUUUCAUAGUGCUUCACCAGAAAUUGGACAUCAGCAACAUGGACAUCAUUUAGUCAGUGCAGAAUCUAGACCUGUUACUUUGCUGGCAACAUCCAAUGGAACACAAAUAGCAGUGCAGCUUGGAGAACAACAGUCUUUGGAAGAAGCAAUUCGAAUAGCUUCCAGAAUACAACAAGGUGAAACACCAGAAAUUGAUGAUUAAUUCAUAACUUGGCUAAAGGAACUAUAGAAUUCUAUUUUAUUUUUGUUCAACAAAAGUCUAUGCCAGGUGAAAAUCAUAAAAUGUUUUUCCUCCACUAAUACUGUGCAUAUACUUUACGCAACAGUGAAGAACAUUUAAAGUGUAUAAUGUUUAUGUAUAAGAACUUUGGGAAUACCGAAUUCCAUCUCUUAAGAUUCAUUAUUCUCUACCCAGGACAAAGAAUUAGGUUUUGUAUUAAAUUUACUUGCUUAUAUUCCAAACCAAACUAAAGACAAGCAACAGUCACAGAAGAAAUGCUGGAAUUAAUUUUAAAGUCAUACAAAAUCAACGAAGGCAUUAUUGAAGAUUUCAACUCUUUAAAUCAUAACAGCAAUCAUCAUUCAAAAAUCCUUUGGAAGCACGAAUUUAAUUGUUUCUUAUAUGCAGUUUUGAAUUUUGAAACCUUUGUAAAUAUUCCAUUUUAAUUGUGGUUCAUACACGUUGAACAUUUAUCAUUUUUUGUUUCCUCUGCCGUCUCACUGAUUGUAAAUACAAACAAUUGCCAGAAUUGCUAUUAUAUUGUCUUUGAAUUGGAUUAUGUAUAAAAUGAAAACUUUGGUUGUUCAAUAUUAAAGGAAUUAAAACUGGUGUUUCUACUUA